UGACUGGCCUUCCCCUUCCCCGGCCCCGUCUUCCUGCGUGACGCCCUCCUUCCUAGGUCUGAGAGCUGCCACGGCCACCAUGGGGGACUGGGGGGAGCCCGAGCUCCUAGUGUGGCGCCCAGAAGCGGUGGCUUCGGAGCCUCCAGUACCCGUGGGGCUGGAGGUGAAGUUGGGAGCCCUGGCGCUGCUGCUGGCCCUCACCCUGCUCUGCAGCCUGGUGCCCAUCUGUGCACUGCGGCGACCUGGAGCUGGCCACGAAGGCUCCGCCUUGCGUCAGAAAGCCCUGAGCCUAGUGAGCUGCUUCGCUGGAGGUGUCUUUCUGGCCACCUGUCUCCUGGACCUGUUGCCCGACUACUUGGCUGCCAUAGAUGAGGCCCUGGAGGCCCUGCAUGUGACACUCCAGUUCCCCUUGCAAGAGUUCAUCCUGGCCAUGGGCUUUUUCCUGGUCCUGGUAAUGGAGCAGAUCACAUUGGCUUACAAGGAGCAGUCCGGGCCGCCACAUCAAGAGGAGACAAGGGCCCUGCUGGGAACCCUGAAUGGUGGGCCACAGCACUGGCCCGAUGGCCUGGGGGUCCCCCAUGCAAGAGGAGCUCCGGCAGCCCCUUCGGCCCUGCGUGCCUGUGUACUGGUCUUCUCCCUGGCCCUGCACUCGGUGUUUGAGGGACUGGCAGUGGGGCUGCAGCGAGACUGGGCUCGGGCCAUGGAGCUGUGCCUAGCUUUGCUGCUCCACAAGAGUAUCCUUGCUGUCAGCCUGUCCCUGAGGCUGCUGCAGAGCCACCUGCGGGUGCAGGUGGUGGCUGGCUGUGGAAUCCUCUUCUCAUGCAUGACACCUCUGGGCAUUGGGCUGGGCGCUGCUCUGGCAGAGUCGGCUGGGCCUCUGCACCAGUUGGCCCAGUCUGUACUGGAGGGCAUGGCAGCUGGCACCUUCCUUUAUAUCACUUUCCUGGAAAUCCUGCCUCAGGAGCUGGCUUCUUCUGAUCAGAGGAUCCUCAAGGUCAUUCUGCUCCUAGCAGGUUUUGCCCUGCUCACUGGUCUGCUCUUUGUCCAAAUUUAGGAGUCUUCAGUCUAGGGGUAGGGGAGGCCGCCUCCCGGGAGCUUCUGGCCUUCCCACCCCCACGUGUGGAGAACAGAAAGGAAUGGGGACGGGAGGUACAAGGGUAGAGUUCUCUGGGAGGUAGAAAUGGAGCCUUUGGGAUUAUAUCUCAUGAGGGAAGUGAGCGGAGAAGAGGCUGACCCCAGGCCCCAGCAGCAGGAGAGCCAAGUCA